AAUAUGAAAUGUUCCCAAUAAUUUUACAUGGCUUUUUCAAAAGAAAAUUUACAAACUGACCCGAAAUGAAUUUUACUUUAAAGUCCAUUUUUUAUUUAUUUCAAAUAAUGUUCCAUAGUAUUAAUUAAUAGUUGAAAAAGUUCAUCUUCAACCCAUUUUUAGGUAAAAAGUAAAGGGAUAAUUUAUGCAUUUAUUGGAGUAAAAAUAAUAUUAAUAAGUACUCCUAAGAGAUCAUUUAUAGCAUUUUUAAAUUUUUUAAUAAUUUCAUUAAUAAAAAUAUUAUCAACUCUAUCUAAAUAGCUUUCUUCAGUAUUUUAAACAUAAGAAAGUGCCUAAUUUUUACUUUCAGCAGCAUUUAAAGUACAUUUAUAAAAAUUGUUAACACAAAGCAUUACUUUGCACAUGAAAAUAAAUGUAUCUUAUUCUUGUGUAAUUUCCUUUAGUUAAUUUUUUAUUUUUUCCAGUUCUAUAUUAAUAAUUUAUUAGCUUAAAUUUUCUGAAAUAGACCUUAAAUAUUCUAUAAACUAACUUAUUUCUAGUUUUGGACCUAAUGCAUCAAUUUAUCUAUUUAUAAGUUAAAAAAUGUCCACAGGAUAAUUCCCUUAUAAUUCUUUUUUUUUUCUUAUUAAAGUUUCUAUAGCUUCAUAUGUUUGGAACUCCAUUUUAUCAUUUUACAUGCAUUAAUCUAUAUAUUCUUGCAUCAUUCCACGUAAAUGAUUUUAAAAAUGAGGCAUAAAUUAUAAUGCCUUUGUUUUUAAAUACAUAUAAUCUAGUGAAUCUAUUCCUGCUUUUGAUAAUAAUUCUUAAUAGGAGUCUAUCCAAGUCAUCAAGUUUAAUAAAAUUCCAUAUGAAUUUUUUAUUUCUUCCUCAUUUUCUAAAUAAGGCAUUAUUCGUUUUUCUAUAUUAUAUCUAUAUCUUGAUUCAUAAACUUAAAAUAUAUCCCAAUUUUUCGGAAAGCAUUUUGUUACAUAAUCUAAUACUUCUAAAAGAUCACUGACUGUAAAUUUACUUUUUUCGAGUACUUAUAUUACAUCAGAUAUGCCUUUUAAACGAUUAUCGAAUCUUUCGUCUAUACAUUCGUUUAUUGUAUUUAUAGCUUUUAGUUUAAAUAAAGGAUUUCGAUUCUUUGAAGUCAAUAUUCGGUCUCCACUUUCAAUUAUUUUUACUACUUGUAUUAUUUUAGAUGGUUCUGAUUUUGAUAAAUGAAGUGCAUUUUUUAAAAAAUCAUUGAAUAUAGUUUAAUAAAAUGAUUGCUCGAAUUCUGAAAGCAUUUCGAACUCUUUGAGGAUUUUAUCCAUUUCUUCAUUGUUUUAUUAAUUUGAGUUGUUUUGGGUUAAUUUUUGGAUUAAAGUGUCUCUUAGUUCACAUAAAGAAAUUAAUUUUAAAUGUAUAUAUUCAAAAUUUCCAUCUUCUUUAAACAUUUCUCGCAUUUUUUAUAUUUACUUUUUUAUGUUAAAAAAAAAUUUCAUUUCAUCUAUUAAACUAGAUAUGUUUUUUUUAUAAGUCUAUAGUUUUUUGAAUUUUUCUAAAUCCUGUUUAAAUUAAGGGUUUUUUUCGUAAUCUUUUUAAAGUAUAUUUAUUGAUUUUUAACAUUCAAGAAUAUUUUCUUUAUUUUUUUUUAUAAAAUCUUGAACUGUUUAUAUUCCUUCCACUUAUUUUUAGAUUGAUGUUGUUAUUUCACUA